AUGGUGAAGAAGGGUGACAAGAAGAAGAAUCGCAAAUCCGGCCUUGUAAGAGAAGAACCGGAAACGCCUUUAGAGUGGGAUCCUAGCGAAACUGAGAUUGUUGAGCCUGCUCCUGUCUGUGAACCUGACGUUGAAGAAUGCAUUCAGCCCGAAACUAGUCCGUACGAAGGUCAAGCUGUCACCGUCUUGAUCGGAGCCGGUGAAAAGGCAUACACAAUUUCGAGAAGUCUUGUAGACCAAGUUCCAACCUUGCAGCCUUUGAUCCAGGACCUCUCGUGUCAAUUAAACCCCGAUGAAUGGGGCGGGGUCUGUAAUAACAAAUCGUCAAUACUCCGACUCGCCGAUGUGGACGAAAAAGUUGCGCACACGCUACUUCAUUAUUUGUACACGGGCCAGUUCGAAAUACUACAGCAGGUAUUGCCAGUUUGGACCUCAAAGAGGGCUGCAGAGUACACCCGAUGCGUCCUCGCUUAUCGUGCAGCGGUGACUUACAAACUUGGUGGACUGGAGGAACACGCGAAGAGAUAUAUCGAGACGUUCGACGAGCACACUUCAAUUUUUGAAGUAAUUCCGCUUGCUCGGGAAAUCUUUCCUCAUAUUUCAGAGCAUAGUUGGUUUUCGCGAUAUCUAAGCCUCAAAAUCAUGAACUCUUUUCUUGUGGAUGAAGGUAUCUUCACGAAUGAAGCAUACCUGUCGGAUUUUGGCAAAAACUCAGAAUUCGACAGAUUUCUCUUUAAAACAAUGCAGGAGGCGUAUGAAAUGAAAGUGGCACGGUUGCAGCGCCAGCUAGCGGAGAGGAAUCCGCCUAUAAAUUCUACUGAUGGUGUUGUGGAGAGCCCUCGUUGCGAAGAACCAAUUCCUGAGCCAACUGAACAGGGGAAGGAAGAACAAGUGGAACAUCCACUCUCUGCCAGAAUGAGAAAUGCCAUGGCCUGGAGAGGAAGAAGAAGCAGAAUUCCCGACCCCGAGUUCGAGCGCGGUUUUGAAGAAUACACAGGGCCGGUUGAUAUUGAUUAUUGAUGCUCUUUACUCUUCAGGUGCUCCUCGCUACCAAACUCGGCUUACUAAAAAGUGUUCACACACUCCACUAGCUGACAUCACAUAUAUUUACUAGUAAGUUAGUUAAGUUAUGGUAGUAUUUGCUUAGUGAGCAAAGUCAAGGAAGGGUCCAAAGUCACCAGGAUUAGAACUAGCCUCUGUGAUAAAGUGC